AUUCAAAUGUCCUUGCAUCAAAGCAGCUCUGACAGCAUGGCUGAAUUAACCAGAGUUGAGUCAAAAAGUCUCAUCCCCACUCUUGAACUGGGAGAAGUUGGCAUUUCCAUCUUCUGAGCCCAGAUUUUGGAUCUGUUUCCCUGAACACCCACCUCUGCAAGGCAGGGGGUGAACGACAGUGGCCAGUGGGGCUUUGAGGUGUAACUGGAGAUUUGGCAUUGCUGCUGAUAUGCAGAGGGAAAUGGCCAACAGAAACUCACGCCCAUGGCAGAAAUCCAUCACUUGUCAACAUUUACUCCACAAUUUACUCAGUUUCUGAAACUGGAACUGAUCUUAUGAAAACCAAACACAGCCUCAGUUCCAGCCCUGGGAGUUGGGGAAGGGAACUUGGUCUGGAUUAUCAAUUACUGUGUCUGCAGUUGUGGGACAGGCAGGUAUGAAUCAAACAGACUGGGCACCUCUUCAUAUUUCAGAAAUGGGUGUAUGGAAAUUCAUCCUCUUGGGUACCUCCUCCGACAAGGAGUCCAUCCUGACCAUCCUCAAGGUCCUCGGAGAUCUUCUUUCUGUUGGCACAGACCGGAGGAUUCACUACAUGAUCAGCAAGGGUGGCAGUGAGGCUCUUCUGCAGACCCUGGUAGACACAGCGAGGACAGCUCCUCCAGACUAUGACAUCCUCCUGCCUCUCUUCCGGCUGCUGGCCAAAGUUGGCCUAAGAGAUAAAAAGAUUGGACGGAAGGCCCUGGAACUGGAAGCACUUGAUGUCACCUUGAUUCUGGCCAGGAAGAACCUAUCCCAUGGCCAGAACUUCCUUCACUGUCUCUGGGCUCUGCGUGUGUUUGCCUCCAGUGUCUCCACGGGAGCCAUGCUGGGAAUUAAUGGAGCCAUGGAACUGCUUUUCAAGGUUAUUACUCCUUACACCCGAAAGCGCACCCGAUCAAUCAGGUACAGAGUGCUGUGUAAUACUUCUGCCCCUUUCGUAACACAUGGAGAGAUGGAGAUUGUCCCACGUGUAUUUUCAUAGUGCUUCUAGCUCCGUUUAGUGAUGACCUCUCCCUUGGAAAUGUGGUACAAUGUCUUUAUCGCUUCCCAGCCUACAUCCCUCCACACCCAUGGGUCAUUUCCUCUAAUUUUCAUGA